AUUUAUCGUUCUCUCUCUCGCGUCCUCGCCGGAAAAUCGCCUCCAAUUUUCUCUGCUUAGGUUUUCUUUGUCUUUUCCGUCCAACCGAUCUCAUUCAAUGGCCGGCAGAGGAAAAACCCUUGGAUCUGGAGCCGCCAAGAAGGCUACCUCGAGGAGUAGUAAAGCCGGGUUGCAGUUUCCCGUCGGUCGUAUUGCUCGUUUCCUCAAGGCCGGCAAGUACGCCGAGCGUGUUGGUGCCGGUGCCCCUGUCUACCUCGCCGCCGUCCUUGAAUACCUUGCCGCUGAGGUUUUGGAACUCGCUGGAAACGCUGCUAGGGAUAACAAGAAGACGCGUAUUGUUCCUCGUCACAUUCAGCUUGCUGUACGUAACGAUGAGGAGUUGAGCAAGCUGUUGGGGGAUGUGACUAUUGCUAAUGGUGGUGUUAUGCCCAACAUUCACAAUUUGCUUCUGCCCAAGAAAACAGGAACUUCAUCAAAGAACGCCGGUGGUGAUGAUGAACCCUAGAUUUGUUUGUAAUAGAAAAGGGAAUGAAACUGAAUCAUUGAAUGUUGAUGACAUGUGGCUCUGGUCAAGAUAGUGCUCUUCUUACUUCGUUAGAUUUUUCAAUUUUCGUUUCUCUUUUUUCGACAUCUAUUAUUUUCCUUAGGUUAAAGAUCUUUUGCUUAUGGAAUUUGUAAAAGUCCCAAGGAGUAGUGCUAGAAUUUCACCUAGUGUUGUGAAUAUCAUCAUCAUCAUCUAUUAAUAUCACCGCCUACUUUUUGUUCAUCCUGUA